UUGUUUUCGUGCCCAGAGUUUAGGAGCAGGAGGAGGAGGAGGAUCUGCAGAGCUUAUCUGACAAAUUCUACACUUUACUCCUGUUUUCUCGGGGGCUCCGGGCUGGGGAAGGGCUGUGAGGAGGAUCUGCUUCUGCUGCUGCAGGUUGUUUGGGUUUCUAAUGAGCUUCUCGUAGCCCCACCUGUUCCUCUGAGAGAGUGUGUGUGUGUGUGUGUGAGUGAGAGUGUGUGUGUGAGAGCAGUCAUGCCUCUGGGGCUGAGGAGGAAGAAGAACAAGUCGCGGGAGAGCUCCCAUCUGGUGGAGAAUGAGGAGGUGGGCGGUGUGGGGAAGCCGGAGCUGAACGGCGGCAGCGGCGGGGUGGCUCCCCCGCCCGCAGCGCUCAGGCCGCGGCUGGUCUUCCACACGCAGCUCGCUCACGGCAGCGCCACCGGCCGGAUAGAGGGAUUCAGCAACGUUAAAGAGCUGUACUCCAAGAUCGCAGAGGCCUUCAGCAUACAGCCCACUGAGAUCUUGUUUUGCACCCUCAACACACACAAGAUCGACAUGGAGAAGCUGCUCGGGGGGCAGAUCGGGCUGGAAGACUUCAUUUUCGCUCACGUUAAAGGGAUCAAAAAGGAGGUGGAGGUGUUCAAGGCAGAGGAUGCCCUGGGCCUUACCAUCACGGACAACGGGGCCGGAUAUGCUUUCAUAAAGCGAAUAAAGGAAGGCAGUGUGGUGGAUGGCGUGAAGGUGAUCUGUGUGGGAGAUCAUAUCGAGUGCAUUAAUGGGCAGAACAUUGUGGGGACGCGGCAUUAUGAAGUGGCCCGCAUGCUGAAGGACCUGCCCAAAGACAAGCCCUUUACCCUUAAACUGGUGGAGCCCAUGAAGGCCUUCGAUAUGCUCGAGCCACGGUCGAAAGGAGGCAAACCUGGAGGAGAGAACAAAAUUGGGACCGGCAAAGGAACCCUGAGAUUACGCUCUAAAGGCCCAGCGACCGUGGAGGACAUGCCCACAGAGUUUGAGGAGAAGGCCGUGAAGAAAGUAGAUGACCUGCUGGAGAGUUACAUGGGCAUCCGUGACACGGAAUUAUCGGCAACGAUGGUGGAGGUUGGUCGGGACAAAGUGAACCCGGAUGAAUUUGCCAUGGCUCUGGAUGAAGCACUCGGGGACUUCGCCUUCCCUGAUGAGUUUGUGUUUGACGUGUGGGGAGCCAUCGGAGACGCGAAGCAGGGACGCUUUUAAUCCCAGUCCAUCGCUACCCACACUCCUCUAUUUCCCAGUCAAUCUCGACUACUUGUGUCUUUGGGAACCUGUUAUCUUAACGGCACGCAGUCGUUAAGCUAGGAAGGGAGUGUUGCUGAUUCUUACCACUGUGAUCUAACGGCACAUAUUAUUACACAUUAUUAUUACAUAUUAUACAUUAUUACACUAUCACACUACAGCUCACUCCAAGUGUACUUAUUAAUGUUCCUGGGUAGCACUAACUGACCCCUUGUUAUUUUUCUAGCUGUGAAAAACAAAAAAAGUCUACUUUUCUGUAGAGCAGAGAAGCAGAGUGAUUCCAGAAAAGCCCUCAAAAUUUAAAAUUUGCUCUAUUUUUCACUUUUUACAAAAAAAAAGAAAAGAUAUGAACAGAUUUAUGUAAGAAUGACUUGUAUUUCUCUCAUUUCUUACUAAGCAUGAAACGUGCCUUUAAGGCUGAUUUACUGUUUUAUGGUCACGUCAUGUUUUAUCAAUCUACCAAUCAGACAAUAUUAUACUUACAUUUUGUACGAUAGUUUUUUGUUUGUUUGUUUGUUUGUUUUCUAUGAUAAUUAUAAUAAAUAAUUCAGGCAUAAAAGUGGGGAAACACUGAAUAAAUGUACAGUAACACUAAUAAAUUAGUAAGUACGUAAGUAAAGUCUAUCAGUAACCAGACCACGUUUUUUAAACGUUUUUCUACCUUGCUGGUAUAGUAAUAGCUUUUUACUGUACUGGCUUCCAAGCAGGUAUGUAUAAUUAUUAUUAUUAUUAUUAUUUUUUUUUAGGAAAUUGGUUUCUAUGAAGGAUUGUAGGAUUUUUUUUUUUUAGCCUCUGGACUCUUUCUUAGAUCAUGUGGCAUUAAAGCCUGCCUGGACUGCCUGCAUGUAAUCUGUUUUAUACAAUAUCUACAGCUAAAAAUGUAUAGCGCUCAGUUUUAGAUAAGGGUGAUUUAUCGGACAUUCCUGUAGAGCGUUGUUUUUCUCGUCCUCUUUUUUUUUUGGUGUACGAUAUACAAUAAUUAAACUUUUAUAGACAGAUAGAUAUAUUUUCAGUCUUUUAAUUUAUUUGUUUAAUAAAGUUCCUCUUGUACACAGUCUUUUAAAAACACUUGACUAGAACUGCCUUCAAUAUCUGCAAUGUUUUAUAAUGUUUUAUGAAAUUUCAGCAUGGGAAGCGACUUUAUACGUUCAUAGUAAACAUCAUACUGCCAUCUUUAAUUGCUAAUCUAGUUUUGAAGAAGACUUUCUGCUUUUAGCUCAAAUCUGGCCAGUUUUUCUACUAGUGAGCCUUUUUAAGCAUAUUGAGGAAAGCUUUUUAAUAAUGUGUGUGAGAGGCUUAUCUUUUGAUGGGCUCAGACCUCGUGUGCCACCUGCUGGAUAAGAGAGAAACUUGAUUAGACUGCGCUUUUUUUUUUUUUUAAUAAUUGUAGUUGUUUAACGUGUACUGGAUGUACUGCACAAUCCAUAAGGGACCUUUCGUGUUCAAAAAUUAAGUAUGUAUGUAUGUAUGUAUGUAUGUAUGUCUACACAGAUCUAUUGGCAUUUGUUUCAAUUUGUUUUGUAUGAUUAAUAAUAUAUCUCACUUUGCUUCAAUACAGGUACUUAGUUAAUAAGCUAAGCAGAGUGAGACUGUUUUUAUCCCACACUGUAUUGGUUGUCUCCUAUAUUUCUGAGCAGAUGUAUAAAUCUAGUCACUCACUCUUGAUUAUCAAUAAAAUGUAGUUCUUAAAUAAGCA